AUGUCCGCAAAGUCCGAAGUCAGGCGCCUCUCUUCGCUUUUUGUGCCGCCACACACGUAUUCCGGUGAUCAUCAAGAGCCUUCCACCACCUCUUCGCGUAUUAGUGGCUUCCUCAGAGAGCCUCUCAGUCCCAUUCGUUCUUUCUACGGAAGCUUCGCCGCCCAAGCCGCUCCGGGCUCUCGCAAGCGUCGCAAGCAAAACCUCCGUUCUUACGAUGACGCAAAGUUCGAAGACGAAAUGAAUUUACCCGGAUCUGCAGGCAACGGCAUCCGUGUCUGGUACGAAUCCUACACAACCAUCGAUUGGAUCCACGAUGCUAUCAAGGAAAGCUCCCGUCUGCGUCGCAUCCGCAAUCUUAAAGGUAUCCGCGGCUUGGCCGUCAACAGCUGGGAUCGCCUUCAAGGCUGGAUCAUUGUCACCAUCACUGGUAUUGUCACCGCCUUGAUUGCUGGAUGCAUCGUCAAGUCUGAAGCCGUCCUCUUCGAUCUCAAGGACGGCUAUUGCACAAAAGACUGGAGGCUUGCCAAACGCUUCUGCUGUCCGUAUGGUGAGGCGCCCGACUGGGACCAUCCUACAGUGUCUGCCUCUUUCUGGUCCUACCGCACCGCCUUCAUGUCCAACGCCGCUGUUGCGUCAACCAGUCCAGCUGAGAUUGCACACUCUGUGCUCUCCGGCCUUGGAAAGGGCAACCGCAUCCUCAGCGGUUGGGCUGCUCCAGUCGCAGGCAGCCCCGUCUGGUCCAGGUUCGUCGCCUCUGCAAACACAUCUAGCACCACUUCGCUCGCUAUGCUGUCUCCUAUUGACUCUGGCAUCCAAGCCUGCCCUGGCUGGGUCACUUGGAACCACAAGUUUGGCUCCGUCAUUAACAGCAAUAAUCAGUUAGCUGGUUACUCGAUGUAUUUUGUCAUUGCCGUUCUUUGGGCCUCCAUCGCUAGCAUCUUGACCAUCUAUCUCACUUCGAGUGAGCUCUACCUCAAAGACCAAGAUGCAUCUUCAUCAGCCACUACCAUCCUUACUCAGAAACGAGCUGCGCAGCAUCAACAGACUGAUGACGUCGUCCAUGAACCCACCGAAACCACUGCUCUCCUUGCACAGCAACUUCCCAAUCAACACUCUUCCCACCCUGCAUCGACAGCUGCUCCCACCAACGACGCAAAUUGCGUCUCUUCAAGAAACUAUGCUCGCCUCGCCAACGAGCAACGCGCUCAGAACGCCAUUUUGCCCCGAAAGGUCCUCUACUUUGCCACCGGCUCAGGUAUCUCGGAAGUCAAAUGCAUCUUGAGCGGCUUUGUCAUCCACGGAUAUCUUGGCUUUUGGACUCUCUUCACCAAGUCGGUCGGUCUCACCCUUUCCGUUGCCUCUGGUCUCUCACUCGGCAAGGAAGGUCCCUUUGUCCACAUCGCCUCCUGCGUUGGAAAUAUCGUUUGUCGCAUCUUUCCCAAGUACGAAAACAACGAAGGCAAGCGUCGCGAGAUGCUCUCGUGCGCGUGUGCCGCCGGUGUCGCCGUCGCCUUUGGUGCUCCUGUUGGAGGAGUCCUAUUUUCGCUUGAAGAGGUCAGCUACUACUUUCCCAACAAAGUCAUGUUCCGUUCCUUCUUCUGCGCCAUGGUCGCUGCCGCCUCCCUUCGCGCCAUCGACCCUUUUGGCACUGGCAAGAUCGUGCUCUUCCAAGUCACCUACGACAAGGACUGGCACUUUUACGAGAUGCUCUUCUUUGUCCUUAUUGGCAUCUUUGGCGGUCUUUAUGGUGCCUACUUCACCAAGCUCAACAUGUUCUGGGCCAAAAAUGUUCGAGCAAAGACUUGGAUGGCCCGACAUCCCAUUCUUGAGGUCGUCGUCAUUACCGUCGUCUCCGCAGCGUUUUCCUUUUUUAACGGAUACACCCGCAUGGGCGGAGUUGAGCUCAUUGCUGAUCUUUUCAGCGAAUGUCACGAGCACGAGUCCCUCGAAGGGCUCUGCGUCUCGCAGCCUUCGCAGAUUGGACCCCUGAUCAUGGCCAUCUUGUUUGCCAUGGUCCUUAAGGGACUUCUCACGAUCAUCACGUUUGGCAUCAAACUUCCCGCUGGCAUCUUCAUUCCGACUCUCGCGGUCGGCGCCUGCUUCGGUCGAAUCGUGGGUCUACUUGUCCAGUAUGUCCAAUGGACCCACCCUGAUGCUGCUUUUUUCGACUGGUGCCCAGCCUCGGACUCGGUUUGCAUCGUGCCAGGCGUCUACGCCAUGGUCGGAGCAGCUGCUGCCCUUUCUGGCGUCACCCGAACAACGGUUUCACUUGCUGUCAUCAUGUUUGAGCUUACUGGCACUUUGACCUAUUCGGUGCCCGUCAUGCUGUCGAUUCUGGUCGCCAAGACAAUUGCAGAUGCGCUUGAGCAUAAGGGUAUCUACGAUCUCGUGAUCGACUUCUCUGGGUUGCCGUACCUCGACAGCAAGACGGAGUACAUUUGGAAUGGCGUCAACGUGACCGACGCCAUGGAGACCGAAGUAGAAGUGAUUUCUCUGGAUGCCUUCAACACGGUUCAAUCGUUGAGUGACAAGCUCGACCGUCUCGCAAGUGGCUCAGGUUACACUGACGGCGGAUUCCCCAUUGUCUCUCGCGUCGUUUCGCCUCUAUCGCCAGCCAAUCCGCCCAUUUCACCGGGUCUAUCAACCAGUGUCGGAUCACUGAUGCCAGAUCACAGCCCUCAGAUGCCUGCCCACGAGGACGAGGCAGACUCAGCAUCAGCGGCGUCACAUCAAAUGGUUGGCUACAUUGCCGCGAGCGAGCUCGAACAUGCCUUGGCACGUGCUGUCAGUUCGGACCCAGACUUGAAUCUGCAGACUGCUCGCUGCUCAUUCAAGAACUUACCCUUCGUCAGAGCCGAGCACGAGGGAGAAGCGGGUGUUCGCGAUUCGGUACUCUUCAUCGCCUCAGACCCACUGGACUUGAGCCGUUAUGUUGACAAGGCACCCAUCACAGUGCAGAUCCAUUCGCCGCUCGAGCUCGUCCAUCAGUACUUUACUCGUUUGGGAGUAAGAUACCUCAUCGUCGUCGACGAACGAGGUCUAUAUAGGGGAACGAUUUUCAAGAAGAGUUACUUGAAGUUCUUGGCGGAUAUUGAACGCCAGGGCAAAGAUGGACAUUAA